AUGGGUAGAAAGAAUAACACAAACGUGUCUGCCUUCAUCCUCAUGGGAUUGACAGACUCUGAAGAGAUGCGGCUGGUCCUCUUCAGUCUCUUUCUCCUGAUUUACCUGGUGACUGUGCUGGGGAAUGCAGGGAUGAUACUGCUAAUCCGCCUGGAUCUCCAGCUUCACACCCCCAUGUAUUUUUUCCUCAGUCACCUCUCAUUCCUUGAUCUCAGUUACUCAACAGUCAUUACCCCUAAAACCAUAGAAAACUUACUGGCUUAUACCAAGUAUAUUUCAUUAGUUGGUUGCUUCACCCAGAUGUAUUUUUUUAUCUCCUUGGCUGCCACUGAAUGCUUUCUUCUCUCUUCAAUGGCCUUUGAUCGCUAUGUAGCUAUUUGCAAUCCUCUACAAUAUUCAGUUAUUAUGUCCAUGACACUCUGCCGCUCCCUCAUCACUGCAUCCUAUGUGAUGGCAUUCAGUGAAUCUUUUGUCAUUGUUCUUUCCACGAACACCUUGCAUUUCUGUGACUCAAAUGUAGUCCAUCACUUUUUCUGUGACAUAUCCCCGAUUUUAGUCCUGUCCUGCACUGACACUCAUGAAAUUGAGAUCAUUAUAUUCAUUCUUGGUGGCUUCACUGCAGUGGUGUCCAUUAUUACAAUGUCUGUGUCCUAUGCUUCCAUUCUCUCUACUAUCCUGAAAAUCAAAUCCAAUUCAGGAAAACAAAAAGCUUUCUCCACCUGUGCAUCCCACCUACUGGGAGUCUCCAUAUUCUAUGGUACCAUCAUUUUUACUUAUUUAAAGCCAAGUAAGUCCUACUCCUUGGGACAAGAACAUGUGGCCUCUGUUUUUUAUACUAUUGUGAUCCCCAUGCUGAACCCACUUAUUUAUAGUCUAAGGAAUAAAGAAGUGAAAAAUGCUAUCAUUAGAGUUAUGCAGAAGAGAGACAGCACCGGACAUUUAAGAUAA